AUACACUGCUGCACUUUGUAAUUUUUCCGCUAGGUAUCGCUUUUGUGCCGUAUUGUCGUCACAUGCAGCUGUGCCAUACCUCUUCAGUGUCCUAUAUGUACAUCCGAAGCUCUCGAGUCUCGGCAGUAGUCUGUGCCUGACACAGGCUUCGUAAUAUGUUUUCUGGGGUUGAAAGAUAAGACUACUGCAAUUGCUAAUGAAGUUCAACGUUGACUAUGAGCUGAUCAGUGAAAAUGAAAUAGCAAAUGGCUCCAGAGCUAUAUGCCGAGGCACUAAAUAGAGGACUGAAAUAUGAGUGACCAAAGACACCACAGACAUAGGCCGGAGGAAAUGCACCAUGAAAAGAAAAAGAGUAAGGAGAGUAAAAGUUCAAGAGCUAGCGAUCAGAGGAGCAGUAAACAUCACAGACAUGAACAUAGGCACUCUGGUUUGGACCAGUCUGGAGGGUACGAUGAAAUGACAAGUAGGAGGAUACAGGAGGCCUCAUGUUCUCGUGACGUACAUCAAAGAGACAGAAAGAAGGAAAGUUCAGAUGAAGGGCACGGAAACAAGCAUGGUAGGAGUGAUAGAAGGAGGGAGGAAGAAGCAGAGAAAUACAGGCACAAGCACAGGAAAAUGGAGAGAGUAGGAGAUAGAGACAAAGAAACUUACAGAGGCAAGGAUGUGCAUGUUAGGGACAUGGCGAGAGAGGAUGUGAGACCCAGGGACAAGCAUGGUAGGAUGGAGGGAAUGAGAGAGCAGGAGGAGGAGGAGGAGGAGUGGGACCGUCAGGAGAUGUGGGAGUUUAACUGGGAGGAGUACAGGUCAACUCUCAACAAGAUCUUCUUUCGUGAUGAAGAUUUUAUUGUCAGGGGAACCCCAGAGUAUGAUGAUUUCUGGAAGUUCUUCCACCGCUACUGUAAGUUCCAGAUGAAGAAGUCAGGAGACCAGAGACCAGCCAGGCCACACCACAGCUCUCCGCAGCAGAAAACACUGGGGCUGCCCGAUAAGUACGACAAGAGGUACAGAAUCAACUUCUCCAUCAAGACUAAAGAUGUGGAGGAAAAACUGAAGUACUUAAGGACAGGCUCAAGGACAAAUGAUGAUGAGGACCUGACCCCCAGCAGAGUGGCAGAGUUCCGUCUGGCCUGGCUGCACUACAUCGACUUCUGUCAGAAACAGAAGCUCCAGAAGCUUGCUAAGCUGCGGCAUGACCAGGCCAGCCUGCCCAUCCACCAGUACAGGGACCAGAUAGUGCAGGCGGUGAGGCAGCACCGGGUGGUGGUGGUGGCAGGGGACACCGGCUGUGGGAAGUCGACUCAGGUUCCCCAGUAUCUCAUGUCGGCUGGCUUCACCUGUAUCGCGUGCACGCAGCCGCGCCGCAUCGCCUGUAUCUCCCUCGCAAAACGUGUCGGCUACGAGACCCUGAAUGAGUAUGGGUCAGAGGUCGCCUACCAGGUCAGGUUUGAGGGAAGUAAGACAGACGCGACCAGGAUCCUGUUUCUCACAGAAGGCCUGCUGCUGAGACAGGUGACUACUGACCCCACCCUGUCCCAGUACAGCAUCAUUGUCCUGGAUGAGGUCCAUGAGAGGCACCUGAACGGUGACUUCCUGCUGGGCGUGCUCCGAGCGCUGCUGCGGGCGCAGGAGGACCUGAAGAUGGUCCUCAUGUCCGCCACCAUCAACAUUAAACUGUUCGCUGGGUACUUCAACGGAGCACCAGUCAUACAGGUCCCAGGCAGACUGUACCCCAUCCAGCUGGAGUAUCUACCCAUCAAACAGGAGGAGCAGACCAGUAAGUCAGAGAGGCUUGACCCUCGACCUUACCUGAGGGUGAUGCAGAGGAUUGAUCACAAGUACCCCGGGACAGAGCGAGGAGACCUGCUGAUUUUCCUGAGCGGGAUGUCGGAGAUCACGGCGGUGGUGGAGGCUGGCCGGCUGUACGCACAGCAGACCAAGCGCUGGAUCGUGCUGCCCCUGCACAGCACACUGUCCAUAGAGGAACAGGACAAGGUGUUUGACAUCGCCCCUGAGGGUGUACGGAAGUGCAUCGUGUCCACAAACAUAGCUGAAACCUCCAUCACAAUCGACGGUGUCAGGUUUAUAUGUGACUCGGGAAAGGUGAAGGAGAUGAGCUAUGACCCAGGCGCUAAGAUGCAGCGUCUUCAGGAGUUCUGGAUCAGCCGAGCGAGUGCCGAGCAGAGAAAGGGCAGGGCAGGACGGACUGGCCCAGGUGUCUGUUUCCGUAUGUACGACGAGUCAGAGUAUGACAACUUCCAGGAGUACGCCACCCCUGAGAUCCAGCGUGUGCCCCUGGACUCCACCCUGCUGCAGAUGAUAUCUAUGGGACUUCGCAACCCCAGGAAGUUCCCUUUCAUCGAGCCUCCAGCCAUGUCCAGUAUUGAGAACUCUGUGGCUUUUCUGAAGGAGCAGGGGGCACUGACAGAGGAAGAGACGUUGACUCCCAUUGGUCGGAUGUUGGCACGGCUACCGGUAGAUGUGGUGAUUGGCAAGAUGCUCAUUAUGGGAACUGUGUUCCAUGUUAUCGACCCUGUGUUGUCCAUAGCAGCAGCUUUAAGUGUGCAGUCUCCCUUCCACCAAUCAGCACGCACCAAUCCAGAUGCUAUGCAUGCUCGAAAACCCCUGGAGUCGGACCACGGAGACCCCUUUACUCUGCUGAAUGCCUUUGACGAGUGGAUUCAGGUGAAGGCAGGAGGGCGGAACUCCUCCAGGAAAUGGUGCAGGAGGAGAGGGCUGGAGGAGCAGAGGUUCUACGAGAUGGUCAAACUGAAGGAGCAGUUCAAGGACCUGCUGAAGGACCAUGGGCUGCUGGAGGGUGAGCAGGAUUAUUACUACCGUGAGGAGGAGAGGAGGAGGAGGCAUGGGGAGAGGAGGAGACUACAGGAGCUGAAGAGGAGACACGACAAGGGGCCCAGGAAGAGGAAGGUCCUCAAGUUGGAACAUGAGGACAUAGAACUGAGUGGUGGAGAUGAUGAUGAUGAUGAUGAGGUUGACAUUAAGGACAUCGAGUUCAAGCUGAAACACGACCUGAACCAGCUCCAGGAAACGUCCAAUCAGACGCGCAGCUUCACACUCCGUGACGUCCUUCUCCUCAAGGUUGUGCUCUGCAGUGGCCUGUACCCCUUGGUUGCCAUAGCAGACGACUGUAACACUUACAGGAGAGACUCUGAGCAAGUCUUCCAUACCAAAUCCAAACAGUUUGUAGUGCUGCACCCCACGGGUGUGUUCUGUAGUAACCCUGAGCCCCUCCAACUGCCACACACGGAGGGGAAACAGGGCGUGGCACAGCUCAAGGGACAAGUCAGCAGUAAGCACCAGCUGCUGGCUUACACUUCUCUACUGGAGACCAACAAGCCAUACUUGGUGAACACCAUGCGGAUCCCUGCUGUACAGACCCUGAUGCUGUAUGCACACUGUCUGGACACCAACCAGGACUGUACCAGGAUAGUGUCUGACUACUGGCUGGAGCUGACCUUCCCUGAAUCUGAGGCUGCACAACUCCUGCUGUCCUCAGUCAUCCAGCUGCGGGUCACAUGGGCCAAACUGCUGGGGCUCAGGCUACAGGAGUCGAGUAGAAGAAAGAAGGAUGAUGAUGAUGAAGAUGACACCAGUCGGAAGGCAAGGAAGCUGGAGAAGGUGUUGGCUCGCAAGCUGACAGAGUUCCUGAGCAGUGAUGUGGAGUACUCCAUCAGGAGGCUCGGCAACUCUGAGAUCAAGAACCUCUUUGUAGGACCGCUGGAAGUAGGUUCCACAGCAAACAAACCUGUGCCAACCCUGUUUUCCGGUGAGUGCAGACCCCACCCGACCAAAGGUGGUGUGCAGAUCAACGACUACCUAACCUACAACUGCCUGCAGGAUGAUGGGAUGUCUGUCCACAGCUUCAUGGCGCACCUGCGGAACAGCUGGACCUGUCCCACCUGCCAGGUGGACAUGGCAGUCACCCUGCUGGAGAGGCUGCAGCACCAGGACCAGUGUCAGAACAAACAAGAUGUGUCUGUUGAUGAGUCGAGGCAGCUGAGCGGCCCGUCCAGCCUGGAGAGACUGAGGAAGCCAUGGUUCUGCACCACCUGCCAGCAGGAGUUCUCCUUCACUAACACUGAGAUCCUCAAACACAGGAGAACUCAUGCUCAACCUGCUGCCACAGGGGAAGGACCUACAACAUGAUAUGAAAUUUUGGGUCAUGUGGCUGUCUACAUAACACUAGAGCAGAAAAUUAAGAUUAAUGUUAACACAAACAUACACAAGCUACGUUAUGUAAAAUACUUUGUGUACAACAUGGUACUUCUAUAGAUAACACUAUCAGUGCUUAUCUGUCAAAAGGAACAAGAUGUUUUUUUAAUGAAAAGCAGGCCAACUGAAGUGCUGGUGUGCAUGACAUGUAAAUCAACUUUUUGUAGCAUACUGGACCAGGUGAUCUACUUCGAUGACCCAUUUGUAAGGGGGUGAACUGAAGAAGAGAAUAAAGAACCCUAUUCAGAGAUUGCAAUAUUCACCCUUAUCAGGAAGUUGUUGUCUACAGUCAUAACUAUGAAUUUUAAGCAAGUGUUAUUCACAGAGACUGUCACUUGCAAAGAUUCCUUGGAAAAAGUAUUGCAGGAACAUUGCAUAGGGUGAAGAACCAAUGAGGAUCCCUUAUCAGAAUGACUUUUUUGCAUCCCCUUCACCUCAAAACGCAUUGAUUAUAGUGACAAAUUUAAGAAGGUUGUGAUACAAUUUGGCCUUCGCCUUUGUUCUAAUGUAAUGAACUGUACACCUG